GUUCCGAAGAGUGCGGUGGUCGGCUGAAGAGUUUAAGCAUCAUAGCAGUGAGGGAGGGAGGGCACGCUCUUGGAUAUUCGUGUAUUAACCGUAUUUAUCACGAGAUGGACAAUUUGGGAUGACGGCGCCGCGUGCCCCGUGCCGCGCCCCGCGAUGCCCCGCCGCCUGACAUUAUUUAUAGCCUAACUUAUUGACGAUGGAGAACCUGUCGGGGCUGUUCGGUGAUGGCGACCUGGGCGACCUGGACCUGGCGGGGGACUCCUUCGGCGGCCCCGCGGGGCCCGCGCCGGUCUCCGCCGCCGACAUGGACCUGGGGGGCGGCGCCUUCACCCCGCAGCCCCCUUACGGGACCGGGGGGCCGCCGCCGCCGCAGGGUCCCGCCCAUAAGCUAGCCAUGGGCGGCGGCCAGCCCCUCUACCCCGGCGGCGGCGGGGGCUACCAGUACCCCGGCGGCCCCGGCCCCCAGCAGCAGCAGCCGCCGCCGCCGCCACAGCCGCCCAUCAACCAGUACCAGGGGGGCCAGUACCCCGGGGCCUUCCAGGACCUGUACGGGCAGCCCCAGCCGCCGCCGCCGCCGCCCCAGCAGCAGCAGCAGCAGCGGUGGGCCGGCCAGCCCGACCCCUUCGGCCAGAUGUCCCCGACGGCCUACCAGCACCCCGGCCACCCCGGCUACCCCCAGACGGGGCCCCUGCCGCCCUACCAGGGCCCGGGGGCCAUGGGCGGCUCUAUGCAAGCAAACAUUCCACAGAACUACCAGGGCCUGCCCCCCCAGAGCCUGGGACAGGCCUAUCCCCCGGGUUCCCAGGCCAUGGCCUACCCGACCGGCCCCCCCAGGGCCCCGUACCCUGGGUACGACCCCCAGAGACCAAUGGCUUCCAACUCCCCCAGCAUGAGCCCCUACCCCGGGGGGCCCCCGGCGCCGGGCCAGCCCCAGUACUCCAUGCGGCAGCCCUUCGCGCCGGGCCAGCAGUACACUCAGGGACAAGUUCCUAUCGGGGGGCAGCAGCAGCAGCAGCAACAACAACAGCAGCAGCAACAGCAGCACCCCGGCCAGCCCCUGCUGGGGGGCGGGCGCGCCCCGGGGGAGGUGAGUCCGUACCCCGGCGGCCAGGUGCCCAACGGCACGCCCUCGUACCGCACGCCGUUCCCCCAGGCGUCGCCGCAGCUGUCCCCGCACCCCCAGCCGUCGCCGCGGCCCCAGAUGUCCCCGAUGCCCCGCAGCAUGUCCCCGCACCCCCGACCCAGCUCCACCCUGGGCGUGGCCACGCCCGUGUCGUCCCCCGCCGCCCUGCCGCCCACGUCCAGCGCGUCGCCGUCGCCAGCCCUGGGCGGGCCCGCCACCAGCCUGCAGCAGCUGGAGAACAUGGUGAAGCCCGGCCGCAACACGCCCACCAGCCAGCGCUGCACCACCCCCACGCAGCCGCUCCACUCCCCGGGCCACUACGCCGCCGCGACCUCGGGCGUGCCCAGCCCCAUGGCCGCGCGGCCGCCCAUGUCCCCGGGCAUGGCCGCGCGGCCCCCCAUGGGAACGCCCAUGAGUCCCGGCAUGGUGGCCAGGCCGCCCAUGUCCCCCGGCCUGGGCCCCGGGGGUGUCAGGCCGCCCAUGUCCCCCGGCGUGGCGCGGCCCCCGAUGUCCCCCGGCCUGGUCCCCGGCGUGGCGCGACCCCCCAUGUCCCCCCAGCAGUGGCAGCAGUCCGCACGCUCCCUGGGGCAGCAGCAGCAGCAGCAGGGCUACGUGCAGGGCGGCGGCUACCUGGGGGGCGGGCGCGUGGUGCUGCCCCACAGCCAACAUUCGCCGCUGGCCUCCCAGGGGCCGGAGCCUGACAGUAUUUGUAGCGUUAGUGACGGUAAUGUGACUCCUAGCACCAGUGUUGCCGCCGCGGACGUGCCCGCCACGGCGGCGGCGGCGGGCGGGGGCGUGGGUCCCGGCGAGGGCGUGGGCGUGCAGGUGCAGGCGUCGUCGGGGCCCACCACCACGCACAGCAGCGCCUCGCCCGCCCACCGCCCACCCCACCUCCCAGCACCCACCAACGUGCCUACGAGCUCCAGCCUCACGCCCAACGGCAUGAUGCCCGGCCCCGCCCACCCCAACGGCAUGCCCCUCACGCCCAACGGCAUGCCUCCCGCCUCGGGCGCCGGGGCCAUGGCCCAUCACCCCGCGGGGCCGGGGCCCCAGGGCAUGAUGAGGUACUCGGGGCCACACCAGGCCUGCGGGCCCUACCCCCAGCAGACCAUGGGCCAGCCCGCCUACCGCAUGAUGGGCCCGUCCUACGGCGCGCCCCACCAGCAGCAGCAGCAGCAGCUGGGCCAGAUGAUGCCCGGCCAGCGGGCACCCGGAGGCCUGCCCCAGAUGCCGCCCGGCCCGGGGCACAUGAAGCAGCCACAGCAGCAGCAACAACAACAACAACAACCGUCAGGAGGCCCCGGCACACUACAAUCACCACAGCAACCACAACAACAACAACAACAACAACAACAACAACAACAACAGCAGCAGCAGCAGCAGCAGCAGGGCGGGCCUGGCCAGCUGGGUCACCCUGGCCCGGGGCCGAUGGGUCUGGGCAGCGGGGGCCCGCUGGGUCACGGAGGCCCCGGGCCGCUGCCGCACGGUCACCCCCAGCUUGGCCAGCACGGCGCGGCGCCGCAGAUGGCCUACAGCAGCGCGGGCCAGAUGACCCCCACGGGGCCCGGCCAGCUGAGCACGCCCCUCGCGCCGGGCCAGAUCCCGCCCCGCCCGCAGAUGUCCGGCCCUGUAGGGCAGAUGGGCGCCAUGGGGCCGCGGCCAGGGAUGCACCACCCCCAGGGCGCCAUUGGCCCCGGCAUGGGCGGCGCCGCGGCCAUGGGCAUGGGGGGCCCGGGCAUGGGCGGCCCCCCCAUGGGCACGCACGCCAUGCAGCAGCACAUGAACCUGACCUUCGAGAUACAGAAGUGCCAGCAGCAGCUGCAGCAGCUCUACAAGAUGCCCCAGGGCGUGCAGGCACAGCAGAAGAUUCAAGAACUCCAGCAGCGACUCACUCAACUACAACAACAACAACAACACCCCCAGCAGCAGCACCAACAACAGCAGCAGCAUCAACAGCAGCAGCAGCAGCAGCAACAACAUCAACAGCAGCAACAACAACAACAACAGCAGCAACAGCAACAACCGCAACAAGCACAACCACAACAAGCAACCCAGCCACAACAACCAACCCAGCCACAACAACCGACCCAGCCACCACAACAACCACAACCACCACAACAGAUACAGCAGCAGCAGCACCAGCAACAACAAACCCAGCAGCAACAACAACAACAACAAUUACAACACCAGCAACAGCAACAACAACAGCAACAGCAGCAGCAACAACAAAUACAGCAGCACCAGACGCUUCAGCACCACCAGCACCAACACAUGCAACACAGCCAGCCAGGAAUGAUGGCCCCCCAGCAGCACAUGGCCGGCGGUGUGGUGGGCGUGGGCAUGGGCGUCCCCGGCGUCAACGUGCCCGGCGUGGGUGUGACCGUGGGCGUGCCUGGCGUGGGCGUGCCUGGCGUGCCCGGGGGCGUGGUGGUGGGGGAGGAGGAGCAGGGGGCGGCCAAGGGGAAGAAGAGGGCGCCCAAGAACAAGACGCCCAAGGCCCAGAAGCCGCCCAAGGAAGCCAAGCCCAAGAAGGCCAAGAAGGCGAAGGAGCCCAAGGAGAGCAAGCCCAAGAGAGCCAGCCCCCAGGUGAAGAAGCCCCGAGGGAAGAAGGCAGUUGCGGCGGCGGCGGCAGCAGCAGCAGCGGCAGCCGCGGCCGCGGCGGCGGGGGAGGGCGGCCUGCUGCCCGUGGACAGCGGCACGGGGGCGCCGCCGGCGGCCCUCAUGGACCCCUCCGUGGCGCCCCCCGGCACGCCGCUGGACCCCACCAAGGUUGACCCAGCGACGGGCCUGCCCCUCGCCGCCUCGCCGGUCGUCCCCGUGACAGUCAAUGCCAAAAAGGAGAAGAAGCCUAAGGUGAAGAGCUCCACCACCAGAAGAAAGCCCUCCGCCAAACUCCUCCUCAACCUCAAACGGAAGCGGAAGAGGCGCGGUUCGGAGUCAGACUUCUCGGAGACGGAGGGCGGAGGCGGCGGCGGAGGCAAGGAGGAGGACGACAGCAACAAGCGGAGGUCUGGGCGGAACACAUCACGGAAGAAGUACGUUGAUGAGCUGGACCUCAACCUCUCCGAUGACGAGAACCUGCUCAUCAAGGGGGGCGUGGGGGGGCCAGGCGCCGACCCCCAGAGUGCGGCGGACCUCCAGGCGGCCUACACGGGGGCGGCUCAGGGGGCGGCGGAGGAGGGGGGAGCCUUGCCGGAGAUAACAAACCUCGUGAAGCCAAAUUUUGUAUAUGUGGACCCCAACAAUGAAGAUACCAUGGUCGUGCAAUGCAUUUUGGGGAUGAGGAUAGGCUACAGGGAGGUGGAGAGCGACUCGGAGGAGGAGGAGGAAGAGGAGGAGGAGGAGGGGAAGAAGGCAGGUGAAGAUGGUGGUUUGAAUAAGGAAGAAGAGGAGGAGGGGAAGAAAGAAGCAACGGAGGAGGUGAAGAAGGAGGAAACGGAAGAGGAGGAGAAGGGGGAGAAGAUGGAGGAGGAGGAGACUGCGGAGAAGGACGAGGCGGAGGAGAUGAAGACGGAGGAAGGAAACGAAGAAGCGGAAGAAGAGGAAACGAAAAAGGAAGAAGAGGGAGGAGAAGAAGGGGAGGAAGAAGAGGAGGAGCAGAAGAUGGAAGUGGAUGAAGAGGAGAAAAUAAAGGAGGAAGAAGGGGGAGGCGAGGAAGAUGAAAACCAGACAACCGCAACCACCUCCACCACAACCACGUCCCCUACCGAACCAGCACCAGAACUUGAACCGGAGCCAGCUGACCCCAAGGAGGGCGACGCUGAGGAGGAGGAGGAGGAGGACGAGGCGACGGAGGAGGAGGAAGCAACCACGGCCGCCCCAACAGAACCAGAGGAAGAAGGGGGCGCAACGGAGCCAACAGGAGAGGAAGAAGACGAGGGAGAAGAACAAGCAACAGAAGAAAUGGAAAUGGCAACAAAAACAGAAGACGGAGAGGACACAACAACCAUGGCAACAACAACAACAGAGCCACAAACAACAACAGCAGCAACAGCGAUAACACAACCCGAGGGCGAAGAAGGGCAGGAAACGGUGACCCAGGAAGGGGAGAUCAAGAAGAAGAAGAAGAAGAAGAAGGCGCCAAGGAAGAUUGAAGUGGAAGAGUUUUACGUGAAGUACCGAUCCUUCUCGUAUCUGCACGCGGAGUGGAGGACGGAGGAGGAGCUGCUGAAGGGUGACAAGAGGGUCAUUGGCAAGAUUAAGCGGUUCAAGCAGAAGAGAGCAACUACGCAGAACAUGCUUGAGUUUCUGGAAGAGGAGGCGUUCAACCCGGACUAUACUGAGGUGGACCGCAUUCUGGACGUGACCAUGACCGCGGACCCCACCACCGGGAAGGCUAUCAAGCACUACCUGGUCAAGUGGAAGGCCCUCGCGUAUGAAGACUCCACAUGGGAACUGGAGGAUGAUGUGGACCCCUUGAAGAUCCAGGCCUUCCUCACCUACAAGGACCCUCCGCCCAAGUGUGAGUGGAAGCCCAAGAAGCGUCCCAAGCCUGGCGAGUGGAAGAAGCUGGAUGCCACGCCCAUCUACAAGAACAACAACUCCCUGCGAGAGUACCAGCUGGAGGGACUCAACUGGCUCAACUUCUCCUACUAUAACUCGCGAAACUGCAUCCUAGCUGACGAGAUGGGUUUGGGCAAGACAAUCCAAUCCCUUACCUUUGUGGAAGCCUGCUACAAGUAUGGGAUCCGCGGCCCCUUCCUCAUUAUCGCCCCGCUCUCGACGAUCCCCAACUGGCAGAGGGAGUUUGAGGGGUGGACCGACCUCAACAUCAUCGUCUACCAUGGCUCCCAAGCCAGCCGCAACAUCAUUUUGGAGUAUGAGAUGUAUUACAAGGACGACAAGGGGAACCGCAUCCCCAACCUCUACAAGUUCAACGUGCUCAUCACCACCUUCGAAGUGAUCAUCUCGGACUGCCUGGAGCUCAAGGAGAUACACUGGCGCUGCUGCAUCAUCGACGAGGCUCACAGACUCAAGAACAGGAACUGCAAGCUCCUGGAAGGCCUGCGUCUCAUGUUUAUGGAGCACCGCGUUCUGCUCUCCGGGACGCCGCUUCAGAACAACGUGACGGAGCUGUUCUCCCUCCUUAACUUCCUGGAGCCCACGCAGUUCUCCUCCCAAGAAACCUUCCUGCAGGAGUUUGGCAAGCUGGAGACGGAGGACCAGGUGACUAAGCUCCAGGCCCUGCUCAAGCCCAUGAUGCUGCGCCGGAUGAAGGAGGACGUGGAGAAGAGCCUGGCACCCAAGGAGGAGACCAUCAUUGAGGUGGAGCUGACUAACAUCCAGAAGAAGUAUUACCGUGCCAUCCUGGAGCGCAACUUUGACUUCCUGGUGAAGGGCGCCACUUAUGCCAACGUGCCCAGCCUGAUGAACACCAUGAUGGAGCUGCGGAAGUGCUGCCUACACCCCUACCUCCUCAACGGCGCAGAGGACGCCAUCCAGCAGGACUACCGAGACUCCAAUCCGGCCAACGCCAGCGACCCGGACACUUACUACAAUGCCCUCAUCAAUUCCUCGGGCAAGAUGGUGCUGGUGGACAAGCUGCUGCCCAAACUGAAGGACAACGGCCAUCGGGUCCUCAUAUUCUCGCAGAUGGUGAAGCUGCUCGAUAUUUUAGAAGACUACCUCAUCUUCAGAAAAUACCCCUACGAGAGGCUGGACGGGCGUAUCCGCGGCAAUAUGCGUCAGGCAGCCAUCGACCGCUUCUGCAAACCCGACUCUGACCGCUUCGUCUUCCUGCUGUGCACCAAGGCGGGCGGGCUGGGCAUCAACCUCACCGCCGCCGACACCGUCAUCAUCUACGACAGCGACUGGAACCCCCAAAACGACCUCCAGGCACAAGCUCGCUGUCACCGCAUCGGGCAGUCGAAGAGCGUCAAAAUCUACCGUCUGGUCUGCCGCAAUACCUACGAGAGGGAGAUGUUUGACAAGGCCUCGAGGAAGCUUGGGCUGGACAAGGCGGUGCUGCAGUCCAUGAACACAGACCAGAGCAAGCAGGCCGCCGGGGGGAACUCUCUCGGGCUGUCCAAGGCGGAUAUUGAGGAGCUGCUGAAGAAGGGUGCGUACGGAGCCCUCAUGGAAGAAGACGGAAACGGGUUCGACGACUUCUGCGAGGAGGACAUCAACCAGAUCCUGUCCCGCCGUACCACCGUCAUUCAGCACGAGAGUGAGAAGGGAUCAUCGUUUUCCAAGGCCUCCUUCUCCGCCUCAAACAACCGCUCCGACAUCGAGAUUGACGACCCAGACUUUUGGAAGAAGUGGGCGAAGAAAGCGGAGAUUGACACGGAGGUGGCGGAGAAGAUGAGGAAGAAAACCCUGAUCGUAGAGGAGCCUCGCCGACGGUCCCAGAUACGUCGCUACGGCCAUGACGACGCCGUGCUCGACUGCAGCGACUUGGAGACCUCAAACAGCGAGUCGGAGAAGGAGCGUGAAGGGGAGGCUGAGGGCAACAUCGACGGAAGUGGACGUAACCGAGGGAACCGUGGACGAGGGCGGAAUAGAGGAGGCCGGGGCGGACGAGGGAGAGGGACCCGGAACACACGAGCGGCGACGACAACACUGAAAGAGGAAACGGUUAACAAAGACAGGGUGAAUUACGGCCAGUGGAUGCGGUGUGAGUGCUUCAAGGUGGAGAAGGGCUUGCUGGUCUACGGAUGGGGCCGGUGGAAGGAGAUCCUGGCCCAUGGAGACUUCAGACCGGCGUGGAAGGAGUCGGAUGUCCAGGAGUGUGCCCGGAUGAUCCUCCUCUUCUGCAUCCGUUACUACCGCGGCGACGACAAGAUCAAGGGUUUCAUCUUCGACCUGAUCGCGCCGACACAGGACGGCAAGACUCGCAUCCACCACAACCACAUAGGCCUAUCCGCUCCAGUCCCGCGUGGAAGGAAGGGGAAGAAGAAGAUCCGUGAGGCGAAGAUCGUAGCCACGCACAUGGAGGGAGCGGACUGGGCCAAGGAGGAAAAGUUCGACACGGAUAUCUAUCUGGACCAAGGCUAUUCCCGGCACCUGACACGGCACUCCAACAAGGUUCUGCUUAGGGUGCGUCUCCUCUUCUACAUCAAGCAGGAGAUCAUCGGGGACCACGCCAAGCAGGUAAGCAGAACACCCCCUUCCCCUCCUCCCCUCUCCCUUCUCAAUCUCUCUGCUUCAUGUCUGCCACCCAAGUACCUUAUUAUACAACUGUUUACUCCACCCUAUGACGUGACCGCUUCCUCUCCCCACCGCCUCCUCAUUGGGGUAUACAAGCAUGGGUACGAGCGUUACAAUGUGAUGCGAAAUGACCCGGCGCUGUGCUUCCUGGGGCGCUGUGGACCCCCGGACAAGGCUGCGCUGGUGGCCGAGAUGAACACCACCAUCAAUGAGGAGGAGCUUGAGAAGGAUGACAAGGAGGAUGAGAAGGAUGACGAGGACUCCAACCAGACACCGUUACCCUCCAGCCCCGCCGUUUCCGUCUCCACCGUGAAAUCCGACGACGACAAGAGCGAGGAGAAGGACGAGAAGAGCAGCAACAACGGGAAUGGGAACGGAAACGGAAAUGGGAAUGGAAACGGGAAUGGGAACGGGAAUGGGAAUGCGUCGGCCAACCCCAGCGGUGACAAGAAGCAGCAUUUCCCCACGACAUCGGAUAUAAACGGGCGGCUGCGGCGGCUGGUGACGUCGUACCAGCGGAACAACAGGAAGAACGACAUGAGGAACGAAGCCAAAGUCAGGGGUUACGACCACUACCUCGCCGACAAGCUGAUGAGGCGCGAGCGGAUGGCGGAGUACAUCCGGGAGCGCGAACUGCGGAAGACGGAUUACAACCAGCGGCGGUGGUCCAACCGGGAGCAGGCCGAGUUCUACCGCACCAUCUCGACCUAUGGGGUGGAGUACAUAAGGAAGGAGAAGCGGUACGACUGGUCCAAGUUCCGCACACUGUCCAGACUGGAGAAGAAGUACGACGAGACGCUCACUGAGUACUUCCGCGCCUUCAUGGCCAUGUGCAAGAGGCAGUGUGGCAUCAGGCUCUCCGAGGACGAGAGUGAGAAGAUGAUAGAGAUUGGGGUGGACCGUCUGCCUGAGGAGAGGGCGCGUCGAGUCCUGGAGCGCGUGGACUUGCUGAACCGCCUUCGGAACGACAUCAUCCCAAACCCUGACCUGCUGGAGGCGCUCAAACUGGCCCUGCCCUCCAAGGAUAUGCCGGACUGGUGGAUUCCCGGCAAGCAUGACCAUGACCUCCUUAAGGGUGUCGGCAAGCACGGACUCGGCCGGACGGAUUACUACAUCCUCUACGACCCGGAGCUCAACUUCCGUGAGAUCAUCCGCCGCCACACUGCCGGAGAACCGCUGAUCACCGAGGGGGAGAAGGCGGAGUUGAAGCGGAAAUACUACACCCGGCGGACUUACAAGGACGACGAGGUGGAGGAGAUCAAGACAGUGAAGAAGGAGGAGGAAGCGGAGGAUGACGAUGAUGUGAUUGAGCUGAAGGAGGAGGAGGAGGAGGAAGAGGAAGAGGAGGAAAGCAAGGAAAGUGUGAAGAAGGAGGUGAAGAAAGAUGAAGGGAAGGAGGAGGAGGAGGAGGAGGAGGAUAAAGUGGAGGAGAAGGAGGGACUAGUGAAGAAAGAGGAGGUAAAGAAGGAGGAGGAGGAGGAGGAGGAGAAAGAAGAGGAGAAGAAGGAGGAGGAGGAGGAGGAAGAGGAAGAGGAGAAACCAAACAAGGAAGAUAUUAAAGAGGAGGAGACCAAAGAAGUGAAGAAGGAAGAAGAAGAAGAAGAAGUAGAAGUGAAGAAGGAAGAAGUGAAAGAGGAGGUGAAGGAGGAGGCGUUAAAGAUGGAGGUGGAGGAGGAGGAGGAGGAGGAGGAGGAGGAAGACAUGGAGAUACCAACCCCAGCUGCUGCAGAGGAGGAGGACAUGGAAGAUGACGAGGAGGAGGAGGAAGAGGAGGAGGAGAUGAGUGAGGCACAAACUAUCGAGGAGGAGAAGAAGGAGGAGGAGGAGGAGGAAGCAGAGGAGAAGAGCGCAACAGAAGAAAAGGAAGAGGAGAGGAAAGCAACGAUAGAAGAAGAGGAGAAGAAGGAGGAGGAGGUGGGGGAGGAGAAGGAGGAGGCAGAGGCAGAGGUGGGUGAGGAAGGCAAGGAGGAGGAGAGGAGUGAGAGUGAGAUGAAGGAGCCGGCCAGCAAGAAGGACGACGAUGAUGAUGAUGAAGAGGAGGAUGAGGAGGAAGACGACGACGAAGAUGACAAGACAGAGACAGACACCGAGAAGAAGGAAGGGAAGGAGGAGGAGGAGAAGGAGGGGAAGGAGAAGCAGGAGGCAGAGAAGACGAAGGCAGCCUCAGGGAAGGAGAAGGAGGAGGAGAUGAAGAAGAAGAAGGAGGAGGGAAAGAGGAAGGACGGCAGGAAGGAUGAGAAGGGUGGCUCGGCCCUCCUCAGCCUGCAGCAGAUGGACGAGGCCAUGGCCAAGUGUGGCAGCAACCUGACCUAUGACAGCCUGGUGUCCUCGGAGCCCACGGUGGCCCAGCUGCUGGCCCAGUCGGCGGCCAACCCCAUCCGCUGGCCCAAGGACCGGCUGCUGCAGGCGCGCAUUGAGCACCUCAUGUACGCCGUGGAGCACCGCAAGUGGCCCGUGUCCAUCAACUUCCAGACCACGGAGCAGGAGGCCAAGACGCCCACGUCGGCCGCCUCGGCUGCCGGCAGUGGCGGGGGGCAGGAAUCCCUGGACCUAGAGCGGCGGAAGCAGCGGCGGCAGCAGGAGGUGGCAGAGGCGGAGCGGCAGCGUCUGCAGGCGCUGCUGCACCCCAACCUGCACCACACGCUGGGCCUCACCAAGAGCUCCGCCUCCGCCGCCGCCAGCCUGAGCCUGCCCUCCUUCUCCUCCGCCAACCUCCGCUCCAUCAUGGAGGCGGAGAACAAGAAGACGCAGAGCCAGCAACAACAACAGCAGCAGCAGCAACAACAACAGCAACAGCAGCAGCAGUCCCAGCAGCAGCAGCAGUCAGACUCCAGCUCCCUGCGGCAGCUGCAGGCUCUGCAGGGCUCCCUGGACCUGACCAUCAAGCCCGUCAACCCCGGCCAGAACGCCCUGGACAUGGCCACAGCCAGCUUCCUGUCCCGCCGCGGCCCUGGGCGGCCCCGGCUGGACGAUGGCCAGCAGCGGCCGGGUGAGAAGCGGCGGCUAGGCGACGGCAUGGACUCCCGCACGCAGGAGAAGAAGCGGCGCAAGCUGGACGAGAUAGUGAUGGGCCUGACCUCCAAGGGCCGCAGCCCCGAGGCCGUGGCCGUCAGCAGCAGCGCCAGCAUCAUCAGCACCAGCAGCCCCCUCAUGAUGCUGCGCGGGUCCUCCGUGACGCUGCUCAGCGCGCGGGACAAGAGCCAGGUGACGCCCGCUCUCACCACCCCCAAGCUGUCCUCCAGCAUCAGCAUCACCCCCACCGUGUCCCGCCGGCCCCUGGACACCCGCUCCGACGACGCGUCCUCCACCCCGCGCUCCUCCUCGGGGGCGGGGGCAGGGGACAAGGAGUCCAAGCCGGGGCUGGUGAAGCAGUCUGACCUGCCCCCCGGCGUGACGCUGCCGCCGGGCAUCGAGCUGUACCGCCCUGCCGACGCCAAGGUGGACAAGUGGCUGGAGCAGCACCAGGGCCUCAUGGCAGACUCCAGCCGCGCCACCAAGGACUCCUCCGCCUCCAAGCGCCGCAAGCUGGACAUCACCGCCAUGGACUGGAGCCAGUUCUCCGGCGAGGAGCACGUCACCGUGGUGCACACCGCCUCCGGCCAGCGGGUCAGCGGCAGCGAGGCGCCGCGGCUGAAGCACUUGGCCAAGUGGCUGAUGGAGCACCCCAGCUAUGAUGUGGACCCCCAGUGGGCGGAGAUGGCCAACGACCGCACCGGCGGCUUCCUGGCGGACUUGCAGAAGAAGAUGGCGGCGGCGGAGAAGAAGCACAGCUCCAGCCGCGCCUCCAUCAUUCCCUCAGCCUCCAGCUACCUGCACGGCGUCUCCUCUAGCGCCGGCGCCUCCUCCUCCACCGCCACUACCUCCUCCUCCUCCUCCUACCUCCCGGGCUACCACUCCUCCAAGGGGCUGCCCUUCGACACCAAGAGUCUACUGCAGGGCCUGGACCCCAAGAACCCUCUGACCGCUGCCGCCUUGGCCGGCCUGGACCCCAAGCUACUGGGCUUUGACCCAAAGCUGCUGGGCCUGGACCCCAAGAUGCUGCCGCCGCUGGACCCCAAGAUGUUUGCCAGUAUGGGCCUGGACGCCAAGAUGUUCGCCAGCAUGGGCCUGGACCCCAAGCUGCUGGGCCUGGACAUCCCAACCAGCAGCAGCAGCAGCAGGCACCGGGAGUCAAAACACCACGAAAAGGAAUCCCGCGCCUCCUCCUCCCGCGGGGGCGACAAGUCCUUGCUGCACGGCCUGGACGCCAAGCUGCUGGGCUUUGACCCCAAGCUGCUGGCCGGCCUGGACCACAAGGCCCUGGCCUCCCUAGACCCCAAGUUCCUGGCCAGCCUCAGCGGCCUGGACCCCAAGGCUCUGGCGGGCUAUGACACCAAGAGCCUGGCUGGACUAGAUGCCAAGGCCUCCGCCAGCCUGGCUGGACUGGAUGCCAAGCUGCUGGCCAGCCUGGACCCCAAGAUGCUGGCUGGCCUGGACCCCAAGUUCCUGGCCGGCCUGGACCCCAAGCUGCUGGGGGCACUGGACCCCAAACUAUUAGGUGGUCUGGACCCCAAGCUUCUGGGGGGACUGGACCCCAAGUUGCUAGGUGGCCUGGACCCCAAGUUGUUAGGGGGACUGGACCCCAAACUCUUGGGUGGCCUGGACCCCAAGCUGCUGGGAGGCCUGGACCCAAAAUUGUUAGGGGGGCUGGACCCUAAGUUGUUAGGCGGACUUGAUCCCAAAAUGUUGGCUGGCCUGGACCCCAAGUUGUUAGGUGGCCUGGACCCUAAGAUGUUUGGGGGCCUGGACCCCAAGCUGCUGGGGGGGCUGGACCCUAAAUUGUUAGCAGGCCUGGACCCAAAGUUACUGGGGGGCCUGGACCCCAAGUUGCUGGGGGGGCUUGACCCUAAGCUGCUGGGGGGCCUGGACCCCAAGCUACUAGGGGGCCUGGACCCCAAGAUGCUGGCUGGCCUGGACCCAAAAAUGUUAGCAGGCCUGGACCCCAAGCUGCUGGGAGGUCUUGAUGUUAAAUUGCUGGCCAGCCUGGACCCCAAACUGUUGGCUGGUCUGGACCCCAAGAUGCUGGCUGGCCUGGACCCCAAGAUGUUAGCCAGCCUGGACCCUAAAAUGUUGGGAGGCCUGGACCCCAAGAUGCUGGCAGGCCUGGACCCCAAGUUACUAGCAGGCCUGGACCCUAAAAUGCUAGCUGGCCUGGACCCUAAAAUGUUGGCCGGCCUGGACGCCAAGAUGCUGGGCGGCCUGGACCCAAAAAUGCUGGCCGGAAUAGACCCUAAGAUGUUGGCUGGUCUGGACCCUAAAAUGCUGGCUGGCCUGGAUCCCAAGAUGCUUGGACUGGACCCCAAGAUGCUGGGCCUGGACCCCAAGAUGUUUGGCGGGCUGGACCCCAAGCUGCUGGCGUCCAUGGGCGUGGACCCCAGCAUGAUGAUGAUGGCGGGCUUUGGUGGGCUGCCAGGCAUGGCAGGGCUGGGCAUGGCCAACCCCCUGCUGGGCGGCCUGGCAGGCUUUGGGCUGCCAGGGCUGGGCGGCAUGGGUGGGGACUACCCCUCCACCUCCAAGAGCAAGGAGCAUCGUAGCAACGCGGCAGCUGCAGCAGCAGCGGCGGCGGCAGGCUUCAACUUCCCCGGCAUGUUCCCCGGCACCAGCACCGCCGGCCUCAUGUAUCCCCCCCUGGGCCUGGGCGGCCUGGGAUCCUUCCAGCUGCCCGCCAUGUCCUCAGCGGCGGCUGUGGCCUCCUCCAGCCUGCUCAAUGGCCUGCCUGGCAGCAUCAUGUCCAUGGCUGGCGCCGGCCACCUGCAGCCCUCCACCACCCACAGCAGCGGCGGCAGCAAGUGGCGGGAGGAGCACCACCGCACCACACGCACCAGUGCAGCUGCAGCAGCCGCUGCCGCCGCUGCUGCUGCAGCAGACCACCGGGAGGACCUGCUGGAGGAGGCCGAGCGUGCCGCCUCCCGCAAGGACCACCGCUCUGACCGCCACAAGGAGCAGCAGCAGUCCACGGCAGGGCUGUCCCGGGAGGAGCGCCACCUGCUCAAGCAGAUGAAGGCGGAGCGGCUGGCGCGGGAGGUGGAGGCGCGGGGCGGCGGCGGCGGCCAAGACCCUUUCUCCACACACCUGGACCUGUCAGUGUCUAGGCACCAGGCAGCUGCCGACCGCGUGCAGGACACCCCGGAGAACCUCAGCCGCGAGGCGGAGCGUGCGACGGCGGCGGCUGGCGGUGGCGGCGAGGCGGCGCAGGACCUGAGCACAAAGGAAGUGGAGAACGGGGAGCGCAGCGGUACCAACUCUGAGGACGAGGCCCACGACGACAAGUCUUAGUGCCACCGCCGCCCCGCCCCACCCCUGCCCCCGCCCCCGCCCCCCCAUGCCUACAGACCUCCUCAAAGUAUCAAUCGUGUACUUUAAUGUAAAAUCAAGACGAGAUAUUUUAGUUAAAGUGAAUGAAUGACUUCCAUGUAUGCAACAGCGUGCGUGUGAACCAACGCUCCACCACCCCCACCACCCCCCCCCCCCCCCCCCCCCCCCCCCCCCUCAUGCCCCCAUACCCCCAGUACCCACCACCACCACCACCACAACACACACAUCAGAUGUUCACUUUGACAUAUAACUGUGAUACUGACCUCAUUAUUUAUUCCAUAUUUUGUGCGAGAGAUAAAAAAUAAACAAAAAAAGCAGAAACAAUAGUACUAUAAACAUACUCUGAACGGUAUCUCAAGCAACGGGAACACAAACAGUUUUUCCACUUUUUUCUGUAUCGCCACAACAAGGAGCAAAAACUGGUGGGCUGUGGAGAGCACCGCAACACACCGCCUCCGGGGCCCCAAAGAGACUCACCUCCCCCCGCCCCCCUCGCCGUGAGCCAGUGUCGGGCCGGAGUGUGCGUGUCCGUGCGUGCGUGUGUGUGCUAGGCAAGGCCCCCCUCCCGCCCGCCCUCCUCCGUGUGUCUGUCUGUCUCUCUGGGCCUGUGUGCAUCCUAGAAGCUGCUUCGUACCACUACACACACACUGAACCUCUCAAAAGUGCUUUAGGACUCAAGUACAAGAGUGUAGAGAUCUUUCCUUUGAUUAUAAAGCGAUGGAUCUUCAAACUACUGAAAUCCCAUGUCUGUGUAUAUAUUAGUAUUAAGAGACAGAAAUACUAUACUGUAAGCAAGACUUUUGUAAAAGCUAAAUGUAAACUGAAGUUCACUAAUAUUAAAAGGGAACUUGGUGA